ACUUGUUUAAGACGGACGGUAGGACUCUUGAUUGAUUGACGUGGCGUUGACUAUUUUGGUGUUGACAUUAUCCAUGCAUCAUAAUCAUACGGAUAUGAGUGAUGCUUCAAGAUGAAGGAAUUGAAUACGACGAUCAUAGCUGAAAGUAUCUAUCCUAUCGACACAUACCUUCAGAAUUUAAGCUGUGAAGACCGAGCCACCGACGAUUCCGACUUACAUCAAUCUAUUGUCAGGCCUCAAAUACCCAUCCCAUCUCAAUCUAGCGUAUCGCCAGACCGCCGACUCAUGUUUCAGCCCAAAACCCAAAAACUUUGCAGAUCAUCACCAACCCUUAUCUCGUCUCAUCUCGUCUCAGUCUUCAUCUGGAUGAACGACAAACGGUGCAUGACGGGAACCGGAUGCUUCACGCACGUGGCCUUUUCACUUCCGAAGGGGACUUUUAGACAAAAAGAGCCGAUAGCUUCCCCUCGCUUGGACGCAUCUCGGGCCGCAGGGUGGACUGAUUUGGGCAUGGCUGUGGCUUGGCUUGAAAGUUUAUUCGACUUGUGUGAGCGGAGCUGAGAUUGAGGUUGUUGACAGAAGAGAUAUCUGACUUCAUCAUGAUGUGAUACUGUAGUCAAGAGUAUAGAUAAAUUGUGAUAAAAGAGUGAAACCCACGUCUAUUGUAAUAAGCUGUCGAGACCGAAACACGACGCUCUGCUAAUACAGAAAUAUAAGCAAUGACAAUCAACCACCAGAUGCACACAAACACAACUCAUGUAUACCAAUACCAAUAACCACUCAUCGCUUGUUCUUGUGUCUCUUCUUGCUCGACUUGGUCUUGUUCGAUGUGUACUCCAUCCCAACCUUAUAUCCCGAACUUGCG